UUGGGUGUUUUUUGCGCUUUGCAGCACAUGCGAAACAUCGCUGGCAUCGGAGUGAGGAGGCCAUGGCCCGGCUCCCGCCGCCGCCCCGAGCGGACCGAGCGGGCUUGGGCAAGCGACGGCGAAGCACAGAAUGGGAUGAGGACAUGCCGGGUGACAGUCGCUCACCCUCUCGACCUCGGGAAGUGCGACGGCAGUCAUCCAGGCUGAUUGAACGCGAUCGAGAUGCAAGAACGAGCAGGAGCCGAAGUCCUCCACAACGACGCGUCAUUUUGCCCGGCCGUGGCAGCCGAAGUCGCAGCCGUGGCAGCCGAAGUCCAAGUCGUCGAGGUCCUCGAGGACGACCUCAAGGCCGGUCGGCGCCCCAACUCCGUGGUGCGCUGCCACGGCGGCGCGUCGUGGCGCCGGACGAUGGGGGUUGGGGUCGCAGGGGUUCUGGACUGACGCUUACUCCAGCAGCUGGUGCGAACCGGCGGGGAGCCAGCGAUGAAGAGUUUGGACCUCGCCGGAGAUAUGAUGGCAGAAGAUCUGAACGUGAAGAGGAUGAUGGCUGGAAGAGACCAGAUCCUGAACGCAGCAAGAAGUAUCGCUUGCGGCUUGAGGAUUGGAUCUUGGCUGUGAACCUCUUGCUAAGCUGGGAUGACCAAAAGACCAUCUCAGCAGCUGACAUGGAAGAGUUCCUCUCACGGUUUUUGGAGUAUGAUGCCAAAGUGAAGUACCGCAUCACACCGCGACUGACCUCCGAGAUAUUCUUAAGGGGAAUCCUUCGUACCCUCUGGGACAUUGAUCGUUUGUUGCGUGUUAUGAACCCUGGCGAGGAGCUAAAGAUGGUCACCGCCAAAAGCCCUCUGGUCCUCAGCAUUCUGCGGGUGAUGGCGUACGAGUUCAUGUGGACCCCAAACUGCGCUGCUCGAGGAGCCAAAGAAGGUGCAAGGGAUUUAAUGGAAAGGGUCAGCCUUUCAGUCAAGGCUGACAGAGAUUGGAUCACCGAUGCGAUGAUCCGGAUGGGUGAGGCCUUUGAAAAGGCCCACAAUGAUUGGGACAAGAAACACGCGGCAGCCAAAGAGAAGAAGCGCCGCCAACGUGCUGACAAAGCGGCCCGUGCUGCCGGUGGCGGGGACUUGGCCGCUGGAGGUGCCAAAGUGAAGUUGGCGGAGAACGCCAAAGCCAAGGCGGCCCGCAAAAGAGAAGGCGAAGAUCCUCGUGCCAAACGGAAAGGCGCGGAUGCUCACUUUGGCAAUGCCAGAGCAUUGGCCGCCAAGGAGCAGGCCCUUGGAAAGGCAGACCAAGCGGCUGAUUCACAGAAGUCGGCUCGCGGGAAUUCCGCCGCAGUGAGGAGCUCGGUCGUAAGGCCUGCAGCAGCGCAUGAGGAUGAAGAUCAUGAGGAUGAAGAUGGAGAUGGACAUGGAGCUGGUGGAAACCAAGGAACCCUGGAGACCGCAGUGGUCUCCAAUGCACCUGUUCGGAUGGCAGAUGAGGAGGUUGAUGAAGAUGCUGGUGAUGAGGAGGAUGCAGAGCCAGAUGUUGAGGGAGAAGAACCAGAGGCAGCUGAGAGAGAAGUUGAAGAUGCAGAAGAGGAUGCGGAGGCCAAGGAUGCAGGAGUGGCCGAGGCUGAGGCUACCCCAGUGGAACCAGAGGAAGAUGGGAAAAAGGACCUUGACCCUGCAGACAACGGCGCUUGAUUCAGAUUGUCUCCAUGAUGACACUCUGCAGCCUUUCUCUGCUGUGUCCGAUUUUAGGUGUCGAACGUGAAGAGGCAGUCUCCCAAGUUGAUCUGCAAGGCUUUUUCCAUUCAUCUCUAGCAAAACGCAUGGCCACAUGGUCUUUGGCCCAAGGAGACAUGAGGAAAGACCAUGGUCCUUCAAGCCUCCUUCAGAGGCGGCAUCGUUCACGAUGCGUGGUUUCACUCGACCGUUCGGAAUCCGAAGCUUCGGUCGUUCCGUUCGUAGCGAUGGCCUCCACGGCUCGGGGGGUCGGACGAGCGAGGCCGGCGGCCGACCGGUGCCAGCUGCUUGGCCAACGUGCCGAGCGGAGCGGAGCGGCGCCAGCUGAACGGAUUUGGAGAAGGAAAGACUUGAGGCAAAA